GCGGACGCCAUAUUUGGGCACACCACCGACUCUGCGCUGCCAUUGGCUGCCUCCCUUAUGCAGCUGCUUGUCAACAAGAUGGCCUUCCUCCUCCUGCCGCUCUGACACUGAUUAUUUUGGUAUCACCCGAGAACAUAACCGUAAAAAGCUCGCGUCCCCUUCUCGAGAGAUAGCGGCGGAGCGGCCGCCCAGUGUCCCCACAAGGCGCACAGUCCACCGGACUCCGCUCGGCCAACUGACAAGGCGGCGCGCGAGCCUCGGCGGCCAUCGCUGGACGACGGUUGAUGAGAGCUAACGUCGAACCAGCGAGCUGAGCUAGCCUAGCUUAGCUUAGCUUAGCUACGUGGAUAGUUAACUCGUGUCACCUGCGUUCCACCAGACGAACUGGUUUAGAGGGAAAUACAACGAGGAAGACCUUGUCAUCAAGUCGAUACGGUUGUCUGCGUGGAUCAACGCCGUUGAGGUUGUGUUGCUGGUGGCCUUGGCGACAGACAGUGCCCAUCAGGUUGGCACUGGGACAGGGGAGCCGAGGAUGAGCGUUCUGGCUCUGGGUGUUUGCUGGCCAGCAUAGAUGCCGAUAUGCCCCGGUGGUCCGCAUCCUGAUGGAUCGAGACACCUUCUCCCACAUCCGCCUGUGGUGCCCACGCCCCUUUGGCACCUACUCCCAGAACAAAGCCAGGAGCCCGGGCUCGGGGGGCAGCGGCGGCGGCGGAGGCGGCGGUGGUGGGUCGGGGUCCCCCUCCCUCUGCAAGGCCGAGCCCUCUCCGGGUGCCAGGAGGGCCGUGGAUGGAAGUGACGAUGGAGGGAUGAUCGUGGGUGUGCGGGAGGCGAACGGAGAAGAAGAAGAAGAGGAGGAUGCGGGCUCGGAGAACACUCCACCCGAACCGGAGCUCGCCCCCAGCUCACAGAGCCAAGCCCCUCCGCCACCUUCGGCUCCUCCCUCGUCGCCCUCGUCCGGGUCCCAGAUGGAAGAUGGCCGCGUGCUGUUAGACACCUGGUACGUCAUUAAGCCGGGCAACACCAAGGAGAAGAUCGCCUUCUUUGUUGCACACCAGUUCAGUGGAGCAGGCCAGCCCAGACCCAGCGCUAUGAAGGUCAAAGGUAACUGGGCAACUGACUGCAGUAAAGCCAAAAGACGAAGACGAUGCUCAUCCUACGACCCUCCGACUCGCUCCCAACCCUCGGAGCCGAACCUCAGCCACGACUCCUCGCUUUCGCCUUCGGACUCCGACGAGCCACCUCUGAACGAGACGGACCUGCUGUCGGUGGCAGAGAUGGUCGCCUUGGUUGAGCAGAGGACCGCCAUGGCCCUCCAGGGAAUUGUGGCGGUCCACGGCAAUCAACACCACCUCGAGGCCCAGAAUACCACUCACGGUCAAGGCCUCACCCCGCACCAGCACACUCUCCUCCGGGGCACGGCGUCGGACCCCACUCCUAUCGUGUUUGUGUCGGACAGUUCAAACGGCCAGCCCGCCAAAGAGGCCCAGGAGUCGCCGUCUCACAUCCAGACCGACCAGGAGCUGGAGGAGCAGCAGGAGUCGUUGAGGGUAGCCCAGGCCAUAGCGCAUUUUGAGUCCCAGAACCAGGAGAAUCGGUUCCGCCUGGGCUCUGGACCUGGAACAGACUCUCCGAAUAGAGACAGAGAAAAAGAGCGUAGGCGGGGAGGGGAGUCUGGUGUUGCGACCCCACCUCCGCCCCCCAGCCACAGCCACGGCGAGGUCAGAAUAGCUUUCCGAGUGUCGAAUCUGGAUCCACGGUCUCCGCUGGAGCCAGCUGGCAGGUCCCGCUGCAUGUUCAUGAGCUGUGGUGGCGGGGGCAACCAGACGGCGGCCAGGGCCAAAGAGAAAAUCACCUGUGACCUCUACCAGCUAGUCAGCCCCUCGUCUAGAGACCCCAGUAGUCUUCUGCUCGCCGCCCCCAAACCAGAUGGAGAUCUCCAUCACCCAGACAGGCAGGCAUGUGGCAGCCCCGACCCGUCCCAAGAAGAGAAGAAAGCUGCGGGGCGGGAGCGAGUGACCGGCUUCCACGUGGAGGUGGUGGUGACGGGCGCCGUGGAUCAAUGUGUGUUUUAUGGCAAGGACAGUACGGAGAAUGUGCAAGAGGAGACGGUGUGCUUCGCUAUGUCUAGUGGGGGGGGAGGAGGAGGGGGCGGCGCUGGUGACCCUUCUUCUGAUGAUCCCCCUCCUGGACAACUCUUCUUCCUUCAGCCCCCGCGGGGCCCCGAGGAGGAUAUAAAAGGAACGGGCAUUGGCGGCGGGUCAGGAAUUUGCUCUUUGGACUGUGCCAACAACAACGGCCCCGGGGUGGCGGUGGGAUCAGGGGAGCGGGCGACCGGCCCGGAUUCCCCCGGCGUCGGGGAGGACUGUUCGGACCCCUCGCUGUGUCGCCUCUACCGCCACGUGUCCCACGACUUCCUGGAGAUCCGCUUCCAGAUUCAGCGGCUCCUCGAGCCGCGCCAGUACAUGCUGCUGCUGCCCGACCACAUCAUGGUCAACAUCUUCGGCUACCUGCCGACGCGCUCGCUGGCGGCCCUCAAAUGCACCUGCCACGACUUCAAGGCGCUGAUCGAGACGUACGGGGUGCGGCCGGUGGAUUCGCGCUGGAACCAAGACCCCCUCUACAGGGACGACCCCUGCAAGCAGUGCAAGCGGCAGUACGAGCGCGGGGACGUCUCCCUGUGCCGUUGGCACCCCAAACCUUACCACCACGACCUGCCUUACGGACGUUCCUACUGGAUGUGCUGCCGGCGUACGGACAAGGACACGCCGGGCUGCCGCGUCGGGCUUCACGACAACAACUGGGUCCAGCAGCCGGCCGACGGCUCUCAACCCAUUCGUGCAAAGAGGGAGGACAGGAGGGAGGAGGCCAGGUAGAUGGGGGAGGAGUACACCUCACCGCGUACCGACUCGUCUCCUCCCCGCUGACCUCCUUCUUGCUCCUCACCCUCCUCCCAUCUCUGUUCAGAGGACAAACAGGGAGAGGGUUACAGGGAGGAACGAGCGCUCCAGGAUUGUUUGUUUUGUCUUUGCUCCAGCACUCCUCUCAUAUUUUUCCCCUCCAUGUGAAGGGAAGUUGAGAGGUAAAGAAGGAAGAGAGGUGUGUCACUCUCCUUGCCUUUUCUUUUCCAAGCCCUCCAGAAUCCCACUGUGCUCCAGAGUGGCACCUUUUUUGUUGUUGUUGGUUGGGGUCCCCUCCUGCUGCUGUCAGCCAGCCCUCAUUCUGCCUCUUACUCAUCCGGGUUUCUGUCUAACUCCAUAAAAGGCCGCUAGGCCCGUUCAUGUGAAAACUUUUGCAGUGUGUUUUGAUUGAGAUUAGCAUUCAUAAAAAAAAUUUCAAAAAAGACGACGCAUAGAAAUGUAUUGCCCUUCGAGCCUGCUUCACCGUUCCCGAUGACCUGUUCCGUGUUCGCUGUGCAAACGGUGCUUUUUACGAGCUGUACCAACAGACGUAAAAAAAACAAAGUGGCGGAAUGUCCCGCGUCGCUAUAGAAAUGUGAUUGUAUAAAGCAAACUUUGACUUCUCCGUCGUACAAGAUGCCAUUUGUACCUGUCCGGCGCCGAUGCGUUUCUACUCUCUCUCUCUCUCUCUCUCUCUCUGAAUGUGCUGUAACGUAAACCGUGUCGAUUUUGAGUUCCCCUGAUGAUGCUGCUGAAAUCAUUGCCUGUGUCGCCGACGUUAAUUCCGCAAUGGCCGUAGUAGCGUUGGUUAAACGACGGGCGCGCUCUCUCUCGCUCUCUCUCUCUCUCUCGCUCUCGCUCUCGCUCUCUCUCUCUCGCUCUCUCUCUCUCGCUCUCUCUCUCUCUCUCUCUCUCUCUCUCUCUCUCUCUCUCUCUCUCUCUCUCUCUCUCUCUCUCUCUCUCUCUCGUCACGCUCGCCAGUCUCACUGGCCGCCGAGAACCCGUUUCAGAGUGGACCCCUAACCUUGCUGACCAGCCAUAAAAAAACUACAGAGACUUCUGGGAGAUGGACUUUAUUGAUUUGAGACCAGUGGGAUGAAUGAAUGGGAUUAAAAAGAGAAAACUUGAUGUCACUUUGGAAAGGCCUGAUGUCACUUUGUAUGGUUUGAUUGACUUUUUUUGCUUGUUUGACAUAUUUUUUUUGUUUUAUUGGUGUGUGUGUGUGUGUGUCGGAAUGUUUGCUAUUGUAUUUGCUUUUAUUCUUGAGGACUGUGUUCUCCCUGUAUCAGUCUGUCAUCCUACUCCACCUGCAAAGAUGGGUUUUUUUUUUUAGUUUUUUUUUUUUUAAAUACUCCAUCUUUGUGUUCAACCCCCCCCCCGGGAGAGGGCAGGUGUUUGCCAAAGCUGUCAUUCAUGCUUCGAAGCGGGUAAAACCGACAACCACAGAAACUCUCUACACCAGCCUUAAAAGCCCCCAUACCUCUACUACCCCCCCCCCCCCCCCCCCCUCCCUCUACUACCCCCACCCCUGCAGGAGAUUGAGGCGUCAGAUACCUCACACAUGAUCAAGAGUUGUGGGAGUUGCACAGGACCCUGUAGGUGGCUUUCAGAUCCGACUCCACUGGAUCCACCCAUAACUCUGUGUGGGAGUGUUACAUGAACAGUGCCUGGUGAUGGCUCUGACUCCUCUCCAUUUUAGGAACCCCCCCUCACCCUUCCCCCCACCCUUCCCAUUGCUGUUAACCCCUCCCCCCCCCUGCAAUCUGACAGACUGGACAUUAAACAACUGAUGUGAUGAAUGAUGCUGAAACUCUGCAUGGAGGUGGGAGGAUAGUUGGGUAUUCAUGGGAGAACUCUGUAGGUUCCAGACAUGUACAAUGCUAAUGGGAAAAUAUCUGCUUAAAUAAAAAAAAAACAUAAGUGAUGAUUAAAACUGGAAAUCUGAAUCGCUA